ACCGAAACUACACUCUGAAAAUCCAAACUGCCAAUUUCUCGACCACUAUAAUCAAUUCAAAACUAAGCUCUGCAUUGACAAGAAAUCUAUAAUCAAGACAGUUCGUACAAGAAAUCCGUGAGUUUAUAAGUAUUCUCUUUUGUUUCCUUUCGCUGAAGAUGGAUUUACAAUAGACAUUCCAUAUUUUAAAACUGGGGAUGAAAGCCCAAAAGAGAAAGAAAAAGAUGAGAAGAGCAGGAAGAUGGUAACAAUGAAAGAAUACUGCGCUUUCAACAGAGAAGAAAUGAAGGUCAAACAAUAUUUGAAUGAUGCUUAUGUGUCUGUUUCAACAAUAUUUCAAUGAUGCUUAUGCAUGCAUUGAGGAGUGUAGAUUGCAGUGGAUACGAAUUAACCAGAAAGAAAUCAGAGCUAAGAUGUACAACGGUUUGCAAGACGCUAUUGCAAAAGGAGACACGGAUCUGGAUCAGCUGGUCAUAAUCCUCUGUAUGAGGUAUUGCAGACCAAGUGCGGACAUGAAGGAGAGCAAAGUUAAACAUCAGCAUGUCGAUCAAAUCAUUUAUACGAUAGAAUUCCAGAAAACAGGAUUGACGCAAGCUCCCAUCUUACUGUGGCUACGUCGCCGUUUAGUGUGUUUCACAUUUCUUGGGUUGUGCGUAGCAAGGAUUUACUCUUGAAGCUGGAGUAUGCUGUUGAGGAUUAGUCACAAUUAUGGGAAGCCUGGUGCCAAGCUUUUGUUUUCUUUGGGUGACAUAGAACAGCUUGCUUCAUGCAAGAUGAUGGGUUUGCCAUUGAAGGGAGGCUUCAGUCAGGUUGAAGUGAAAGGUGGCAGAGAUGUAGCCGUGGAUACUCAGAAGCAGAGACAUGCCAGUUGUUCAAUUUGGUUUCUUCAUGAACCUCUUUGGUUCUUACAUUUGAUUUCUUUGAGGUGAAGAAUAAAAUUGUUCGUGAGGUUAUAGAUUUUGUCAAGAGACAUCAGUUGCUAUUUGAUCAAGUUCACCAAGGAAGAUGUUUCUAAAGCAGAUGAACUACAAUGUAUCAUUAUCUUGUUGUCUCCAUAUUUAGAAAGACACAUUGUAGAUUUGGCCGUACGAAGAGAACAAUGAAAACAGUUUUGUGCAAGGGGUAUUUGAUAUGAUGAAUAAUAUAUUCACCCUUGAUGCUGCUUACUGCUUCUCUUAUUCGGAGGUAGUAGGUAGUACAUUGCCUUGGUUGAAAUGUGUCAGAUAGCACAUAAUUUGUGAAAGAGGGCAUUUUGGAGAAUGGAUACACCGAAAGCGAAGCCCAGUGAGACUGGCUGACCAAGAGUGUUGUACAGAUAAGUUUACCUAAACCUAGCUAACACAUAAGCUCAUAGUCCUCCUCCUAACCUUAGCUGCCUCUACAUAUAUCUUUUUCAGUCUUUUCUCUCUGUUUCUCAUUUUUUUCUUUUCGAAAAAGUCUUUUCUCUCUGUUACUUUCUAAUUUGAAGUUGUAAAACCCCACCAAUUUAAUUUUCUUUCUAAAUUUUUCCAAGUCUCAGAGGAUAAUUCUCAAGGAGAAUGGCCUCAUUGAGAAACUGUUUGACCUCAUCAUCAUCACAAUCUUCACUUCAAGAACAACAACAACAGAUCCAAAAUUCUUCUAAUCAGAUGCAAGGAGGUUUUGAUCAUCCAACUAAUCACGAUGAUUUUCUUGAUCAAAUGCUUUGCAAUCUUCCUUCUUGGUCUGAACUUAAAUCUCCAUGGGAGCUCAGUACUAGUAAUUCUUCCCAAAACCCACCUAAACUCUUCAACAUACCAAUUGGUGGUGGAAAGUCAGAAAAUCAUCAAGAAAAUGAUAAUAAUAAUCUUCAUUAUCCUUCUUGUGAUGAUUCAACUGUAUUAGCUUCAAGAUUACGACAACAUCAUAUUGGUAAUACUUCACCAAAGUCCAUUGUUCAUCUCCAACAACAAUUACUACUUGCUGGUGGUGCUAAUGGUGGUGGUGGUAUGUCGAGAUCUCCAUCUACUGGUUCUGGUAUGGGUGGAGGUGGUGAUCCUGCUCUUUUCCCAUUACCUUUAACUCUCGGGAGCAACGGUGGUGGUGAAUCUUCUGAUGAUGCUCCGUUCAAAUCUUCCAAUUCUGCUGGGGGAGGUGAGGGUUCAGUUCAAGCACUCUUCAAUGGAAUUGCAGGAGGGAUUUCACGAUCAGGAAGUCAACAGCAUUUUCAGAGUGGUUCAAUUUCGACACCAAAUUUCGGAGGAACACAAGCAACAGGAAUAAAUCAAGCUCCAUCUGCAGGUGGGUCGGCUUCCGGUGGUGGUGUUACAGCCCCGGCUAGACAAAAAGUUAGAGCACGAAGAGGACAAGCAACAGAUCCUCACAGUAUCGCCGAAAGAUUACGGAGGGAGAGAAUCGCAGAAAGAAUGAAAGCUCUGCAGGAAUUGGUACCCAAUGCCAAUAAGACAGACAAAGCUUCAAUGCUGGAUGAAAUCAUCGACUAUGUGAAAUUCUUGCAACUUCAAGUCAAGGUUCUGAGCAUGAGCAGACUGGGUGGUGCUUCUGCUGUUGCGCCUCCUGCGGCUGACAUUUCCUCUGAGGGUGAUCAAGGAAGGAACAGUAAUGGAGCACAAAAUGCAUCAAACGAUAGUUUAUCGGUGACGGAACAUCAAGUUGCUAAGUUAAUGGAAGAAGACAUGGGUUCAGCUAUGCAGUAUUUGCAAGGAAAGGGUCUCUGUUUGAUGCCCAUAUCAUUAGCUACUGCAAUUUCUACGGCAACUGCUCACUCUAGACAUACGACCAGCAAUAACCCGAUUUUGGCAUCCAACGUUGACGGUCCUUUGUCGCCAAACCUGUCUGCGCUAACAGUACAAUCAGCUACUUUGGGUCCUGGAGGAUUAUUACCUGGAGGUGAGGCUGGAAAAGAUGUGUCUUCAGUUUAUAAACCAUGAAAGAUGAUAAUAUAGAAAGGAAGUGGUGGUCAAUGUUGGUUGACUGGUAUAUCAAAGUCAAGUCUAUAGAAAUAAGGUGGUCUAUCUCUGUUUUUCUUAACAAGUGUUAUGACUCCGGAUUUACAUAGACUUGCCCUGCAACUCAAAAGCUAAUUUAACUUUCAAUUUAUCUUCUACACAUUUUGAUUUUCCACCUUCCACUGUAACUUGCUUCUUCUAGUUGGUGUCUUUGUAUGAGUGGGGAUGCUCUUUGGUGUAACUUUAUUUGCCAUCUAAUGAAUAAACUAUACAAGUAAUAAAAACGAAA